AUGAGACCUCUCCUCCUGGCCCUGCUUGGGGUCUGCUUUCUCACUGAAUUCAUCGUGGAAGGUGUGGGGAGUGAAGUCCUAGAAAAGAGCAUCUGUGUAAGUCUAACGACCAAGAGACUGCCAGUUAAAAACAUCAAGACCUACACCAUCAAGGAGGGCUCCAUGAAAGCAGUAAUAUUUAUUACCAGACGUGGCUUUAAAGUCUGUGCUGAUCCACAAGCUGACUGGGUGAAAAAGGCAGUAGAAAUUGUGGACACAUCUACCAGAAGAAACACGAAACAGACCAAGCCUACAGGAGCCCAACAUUCCACCAAUACAGCUGUGACCCUGACUACGUAG